CACUCGCAACAGGACACACGACUCGCACACGCACGCAAACAUUGGUAAAAGAGAUAGAAAACUAUUUCUCUUUGGUUCUAUUCAACGUUUGAGUUUGACAAAGCCUCCUUCCAGGUUGGUUUGACAAAGACGCCUGUUCCGGAAAACAAAUGCCCCGCACAGCUCCUCCGGGGCCAGCCAAGAAAAGUGACGCAUUCGCCAUCGCCAUAGCAGUAGAUCGAAGAGCAUCGCUGGCUGGAUUCCUGCUUUGAUCCCCGGCGAUUGAGAAGCAAAUCGCGACGAGAGAGAACCGGGGACCGAGACAACGAACUUGUUCGAAGCUUCCAGUCCCGGCAAGCAAGUGUCUCUUACUUAUCUCUCACUCAUCGCUUUCAUUGUUUAAGCGCUUCCAGACAAAAGCGACGACCACGACCAUGACUAGCUAUUCCAUCGAUCGGUCUAUCGCCCCGCCACUCUCGAGAUUUUUUGGAGCUAGAUUGGACUGGUGACUGAUCGAUCUUAAGAAGUAAAACCCAUAACCACGAUUCCAUGGUCUUGGUUUAAAUUUCAGCCGUUGGAUCGCGUCCAAAUGGGGCUACAAUGGCCGUUGGAUGUGGAGCGGCGAUGGAUUGAAUGGUGGGUGUAGUCGAGAAUUAGGGCAGCCGCGAAGGAACAAGGCAGCGCAAUUGGCGACAAUGCGGCCAGGGAUUCCGUGGUAAUGAUUCGCUUUUGGACAACAAAGUGGUGUAUGACCGGAUCGAUUGUCUCCGCUCCCUCCUCUUUAUGCUAGUGGAGUCUGAAUUUUUGGAGCGUCCACUCAAUCCAUUCCUUCUCUCCUUCUUCCUCUUUGUCUCCCCUUUUACUUUCCUCUCGAUCGAUGAUCCAUUCGCUUCCGUGUGAGAGAGAGAGGAUGAUCCUUCUUCCACCAGCGAUCUAGGGCCCGGAUCGCACGGGUGAAGGGCUAGUGACGGGCAGCGUGACGGGCACCGACGACUUGCGCUCUUCCACACCUCUCUCUCUCUCUCUCUCUCUCUUCCUCUCUUUUAUAAUUCUCAGUCUUCCAGAGUAACUAUUCCUGCGAGGCCAGCGAUCGACGGAACAGGGGCCGCGGAAGCGUGUUCAUAUUGCGAGUGAGCUCCUAGAUCAUGCGCUUCUUCUCUUCCCGGUUGAUCGCCUCCGGCAUCGCCAGAGCGUGCUCGCGGUAAGCAUUCCAGUAGGUGAUCUCUCUUCUCUUCUCUGAGAUGGGUAUUUCGUUCUAAGGCCAGUGAUCCAGCGAUUCCUUUGAUGAUGCUAAGAAGAAGAAGUAGCGGCCAUGUCUCUCUCCAAUUUGCUGCUGGGUUUGUUUCUACUCGUCUUUCUCGCAACAUCUCGGUCGCAGUGCCCCACGAAUCCAUCCGGGAUCGCCAACGACACACAGACUCUGCUCUCUCUCGGUGACAGGCUUGGCAUCAAAGCGUGGAACGAGACCGCCAAUCCAAGAGCAUGGCGCGGUGUGGAGUGGAGCUCGGACAACCGAGUGGAGGGCCUCAAUAUGUCCAGGUUAAAUCUCUCGGGAGUUCUUCCUUCCAUCUGGGCCGAGCUUCCAUCGCUGGCUCGCUUGGACCUCUCGCAAAACAACAUCUUCUCGCUGGAGGUGGCUGGUUGCAAGAACACGCAGCUCAAGCUCCUCAACUUGAGCUCCAAUUCUCUGCAAGAGGUCCCGGCAAACCUCUCCAGCCUCGAGAGCUUGGAAAGCUUGGACCUCAGUGGGAACUUCUUGGGAGUGGCUGGAGUUCCAAAGUUUAGCUCCACGCUGCGAUCGCUCAACCUGUCCAUCAACAACUUGACUGGGAGCGUCUCCAUCGGUGGUAACCUGGGACUGGAGGCACUGGAGCUCUCGCACAACGGAUUCAGCGGCUCCAUUCCAGAGACUUUCGGGGAGAUGACGAACUUGACGCGCCUGGACAUAUCGUAUAACAGGUUUACCGGAGAUCUACCCGAUAUCUGGAGCAAGAACUUGGAGCUCAGGUACUUGGAUAUCUCCAACAAUUCGCUCCAGGGCGGUUUGCCACCGAGCUUGCGAAGGCUACGCAAGCUCUCGGUUUUAAGCGCUAGAUCCAACUUUCUCUCCGGGCCACUGGAGCUGGAAGAUGGCGACUUUGCGAGCAUCGAGACUUUGCACCUCUUCCAAAACUUGUUUAACGGGACGGUACCAGCGAGGGUGGGAAGCUUGACGAACUUGAGGAUGCUGGUUCUCACGCAGAAUCGUUUCAGUGGCGCUAUACCUCCGGAGCUAGGAAACUGCUCGAACAUCAGAGAGAUAUGGCUCAACGGCAAUGACUUGACUGGAACCAUCCCAGGCGAGCUCUCGAAGCUGUCGCAUCUCCAGCAGCUAGUUCUCAAUGGCAACGACAUCGGUGGAGAGCUCCCUUCCGGACUCUCCAACUGCACGGAGCUGGUCGUUCUCUGGCUGGAGCAGAACAAGUUUUCUGGAAAUCUCCCGGACAGCUUCGCGAACUUGAGCCGCCUGCUCAUUCUCUCGCUCUCCGGCAAUGAUCUCGUCGGUUCCAUCCCGGCCUCCUACGGCAAGAUGAGCUCGCUGAUCGGCCUCGACGUUGGAUCGAACAGCCUCUCUGGAGAAGUCCCGGCCAUGCUGCAAAACGUCUCGACUUUGCAGUUCCUCUUCCUCUCAAACAACAGCUUCAGCGGCUCCAUCCCGGACUGGCUUCCCCGACUCAGGAACUUACGAGCCAUGGACUUCUCGCUUAACAGGUUCUCAGGCGAGAUACCGGCAAGCAUCGGCCGACUGUUCGCCAACGUCCAGCUCUACAACAUGACCAACACCACCCCGCUGGUUCACGCGCAAAGCCUCGUCUACAGUGGCUUCGCCUUCCCGACAACCAUAGACUUCUCCUCCAACCAGCUGAGUGGAAGCAUUCCAGCGACCAUCGGCGACCUCCACAACCUCCAGGUGCUGGACUUGAGCCACAACCAGCUAACCGGUCCCAUUCCCGAUUCCCUGGGAAACGCGAAGAACCUCUCCAGGGUGACGCUCGCGAGCAAUCGUCUCAAUGGCUCCAUACCAUCGUCCGUGGCGGACCUCUCGUUUCUCACCGUCUUCGACGUCUCCAACAACAGCCUGGUGGGACGGAUACCUUACAGCCCGCAACUCUCGUCCAUGGACGUGGCUCUCUUCGCGGGAAACCAUCUCUGUGGCGCGCCUGUGGCAAACUGCUCGAGCAGUGCUGCGCCGCCGGGUGGAAUCCAGUCCAGAGGUGGCGAGCUAGAAUCUCAAGAGGCGACGAGGAGAAAGACGCUCAUACCGAUCGUCAUCGCCAUCUUUGCGGCGGCCUUCUUCUGCGUCUUCCUGGCCAUGUACUUCGCGCUCGCUCGUCGGCGGCACAAGCUGUACUCCAACACCGACCGGGACAACGCCAGCUUCUCGCUCGCCUUCUGCGAGAAGCUCCCCGAGCAGAUCUCCGCGCGCAAGCUGGCGGCCGCCACAGACAACUUCAGCGGGGACAACGUCGUCGGGGACGGCGGCUUCGGCGUCGUGUACCGCGCAGUGCUGGAAAACGGCCAGGUGGUGGCCGUGAAGAAGCUCUCGUCGUGCGGCCUCCAGGGGGACCGCGAGUUCCGCGCCGAGCUCCAGACGCUGGGCGAGCUCAAGCACAAGAACCUGGUGCCGCUGCUGGGCUACUGCUCCGACAACAACGAUCGCCUCCUCAUCUACAAGUACCUCAAGAACGGCAGCGUCGACACUUGGCUCUACUGCCGCGAGCCCGGGAUGAAGCCGCUCGACUGGCCGACGAGGCUGAGGAUCGCCCGCGGCGCGGCGCAGGGGAUCGCGUACUUGCAUCAAGGUUGCGAGCAGCGGCACGCGAUCAUCCACCGGGAUAUCAAAGUGAGCAACAUACUCCUGGACGAAGAGUUUGAGGCUCACGUCGCGGACUUCGGGCUGGCGAGGCUGGUGAACGCUGGAGAGACGCAUGUAAGCACGGACGUGGCGGGAACCAUCGGCUACAUCCCACCGGAGUACAGCCACAAGUGCUUCGCGACGCCCAAGGGGGACGUGUACAGCUUUGGGGUGGUGUGCCUGGAGAUGCUCACGGCGAAGAGGCCGACGGACCAAUUCUUCCGGAAGAACACCGGGCUGGUGGCGUGGGUCUUGGGGUUGAGGAGUGGGGAGGAGAAGAGGAUGGCGCUGGACGAGUGCUUGCGGGAGCGGUGUGAGCAUGGCGCGGAGUUUGAUCAGAUGGUGGAGAUGAUGAGGAUCGCUUGCUGGUGCUGUAGAGACGCUCCAUCGAAGCGUCCUAGCAUGCAGGAGGUGGCGAGCUUGUUGGAGCGGCUAGAGAAGCGCGUGGUUCUUGGUGGUGGUGGUGGUGGUGGAUCGCCGACGCCGCUGCUCGAGAGGGAUCGAGAUGGGAGGAGCAGCAGCACCAGCAGUAGCAGCAGCGCUCCAGUCGAUGAUCCUUGCGUGGUUGAGCUCACAACCACGGUAUAGUGUAAACUUUUACUCGAGAAAGGAAAGCUUACAACAAACGUGCCAA